AUGACUGGAGAUAGCUGCAGCUUAGUGUCCAAGGAAACGCGUCUCCCUUUGUGUGAUAUGACUAAUGUACCAAGCAAGAGAGGGAUCUCCUCGAUUCUGGGUGACUUUCUUUUGAAGUCUGGGGACGAUUCUGGUAAGACCGUUGCUCGUGAAGGCUCUGGGGUGAAGUUUUCCAAGAGGUUGUGUUUAGUUGUAGACGACUUGGUCAAGGAGAGUACUAGGACUAGUGAUACAAACGACGGUUCUUCUUCUGAUGGCAAGAUUAGUUUUGGUGACUCACCUGCUGAUUCCGAGAAUUUCGAUUUGAAAGAAUCUCAGGGUGAAACCAAUGCUGUGGAUACUGCGGUGGAACUUACUCAGAGAGAGUGUGACAAGGACUCGAACGUUGCUGACUUUUCAAGUCAAACUGAUCCUGUUGCCGGUGAAGAUUUAACCAUGACUGUCUUCAGUAGCAGCAAUUGUGAGAGUGAUGAUAGGUUGGCGACGGUGGCUGCCGAAGGAACGGGUUUGUUGGCUAGUUCCGAGACUAUCAAACCGUUUAAUAUGAGCAGAUGUUCGGCUGUUGACAAUAAUAUGGAUGCUGAUGAUGAGCUUAAAUCAUGCUCUUGUUCCUUUUGCCUCAAAGCUGCAUAUAUCUGGUCAGAUCUCCACUACCAGGAUAUCAAAGGUCGAUUAUCGGUACUGAAGAAGAGCCAGAAAGAAGCUAGUAGCUUGAUCCGGAGGAAUGGUAAAGGAAGGGCAACGGAUGUGUAUGGAUCUGAAAACUCCAAUAACUCCACAAAUGUAGAGUUUGAUGUCAUGGGUCAAUGGACAUCUCUCUUUCUUAACAUGGAGGGUAUCUUGGCUCGUGAAAGCAGCCACCUUCAGGAUAGCUUCGUAACCAUGAAAGAGUUGAGAGAAAAUUGCAAGAUUGAUCUGGAGAGAGCGACGAAAACACCUCAGCAGAACAACACUUAG